GCUUGGGGGGGUUCGCCUGUCCCUAUAAAAGCCCUGUUUGUGCUCUGAUCCAGUUCAAUCCUCAGUCAUGGAGACCCAGAGAGUCCAGUCCUCCUACAGGAAACGCUUCGGGCCUCAGGGCUCAAGCGGCGCCGGCGUCCGAAUCGGGGGCCUCUCCUCCAGCCGCCUCUCCUGGCACGGGACCCCCAGGAACCUGACCCACUCCAGCCCCGUGUCCCGCAUCUCCCUGGGCUCGGCCAGCUCGGCCCUGCUGCUGGGGAGUCCCGCAGACCGGCUGGACUUCUCGGCGGACUCCCUGAUGAAGGCCCAGUACAAGGAGACCCGCACCAACGAGAAGAUGGAGAUGAUGGGCCUCAACGACCGCUUCGCUAGCUACAUCGAGAAGGUGCGUCUGUUGGAGCAGCAGAAUAAGGUCCUGGUGGCCGAGCUGAACCAGCUGAAGGGGAAGGAACCCAGUCGGCUCGGAGACAUCUACCAGGAGGAGCUGAGGGACCUGAGGAGGCAGGUGGACGGGCUGACCUCUGGAAAGGCCCGGCUGGAGAUAGAGAGGGACAACCUGGCUGCAGACCUGGCAACCCUGAAGCAGAGAUUACAAGAUGAGAUCGGACUCCGACAGGACGCAGAAAACAACCUGAACACCUUCAGACAGGACGUAGAUGAAGCGUCUCUAAAUCGUGUCCAGUUGGAGAGAAAGAUCGACGCCCUGCAGGACGAGAUCAACUUCCUGAAGAAGAUUCAUGAGGAGGAGUUGCGUGAGUUCCAGGAGCAGAUCCUGGCCCAGCAGGUCCACGUUGACCUGGAUGUGUCCAAACCAGACCUGACAGCUGCUCUGAGGGACAUCAGGGUCCAGUAUGAGACCAUGGCGUCCUCCAACAUGCAGGAGACAGAGGACUGGUACCGGUCCAAGUUUGCUGACCUGACAGAUGCAGCCAAUCGAAAUGCAGAAGCCCUGCGUCAGGCCAAGCAGGAGGCCAAUGAGUAUCGACGUCAGAUCCAAGUGGUGACCUGUGACCUGGAGGCUCUACGUGGGUCGAAUGAAUCCCUGGAGCGCCAGCUCCGGGAGAUGGAGGACCGCUUCGCCAUGGAUACAGCCGGUUACCAGGAUACGGUGGGGCGUCUGGAGGAGGAGAUCCAGGCGCUGAAGGAGGAGAUGGCCCGACACCUGCAGGAGUACCAGGACCUGCUCAACGUCAAACUGGCCCUGGACAUCGAGAUCGCCACCUACAGGAAACUGCUGGAAGGAGAGGAGAGCAGGAUCACAAUUCCAGUUCAGAGCUUUUCCAACCUGCAGUUUAGAGAAACCAACCUGGACACUAAAACCCCUGAGGCCCAUGUGAAGAGGAGCAUCCUGGUCCGGACUGUGGAGACCAGGGAUGGGGAGAUCAUUAAGGAAUCAACCACUGAACACAAAGAUCUUCCCUAAACAACCAUUUCUUUGUAAUUAAUAGAAUUUUUUUGUUUGUUUUUAUUUUGUUUUUUAAUUUUUUUCCUUCAAACUCCAACUUGGCUGCAUCAUUUACAGGCUUUGUUUUCUAUCACUUAAUUAAAGCCUCCCCUUCUUUAGAAUAUCUACCAAAACAUUCAUUAUAUAUUCAUAUUUUUUGUACAGUUUCACUUUAAGUUUGAUUUAAUACAUGGGUCAAUAUGACUACAUGGUGCCUUUGGUGCAGAAUCGAACUGUCACCAUAAAAACAAUACAAAAUAAUGAAGUUCUGU